AGGCGAAUUUGGGGCAACUCUAUUUCGUGGGUCUUUCGGGAUAGACUGCCAUGCUCUGUUGUUUCGGAAGUUGUUUGCGGAUGGUGACAGUACGCCUACUGUUUAAUGACUGACAGUGUUGUACUUUACUGGAUUUGUACUUUGUAAUGGACAAUGAUGCAGAACUGGAGAGAAAAGCUGUGGAAGAGAUUCUCAAUGAGGCAAAGCGUGGAAGAAUCAGAGCUGAGACUAUGGGACCAAGUGGCUGGAUGAAGAGCCCUGUUUGCAGUACCAAUAAGAGAUUUCUUGUAAAUACAAUAAGGAGCACACUACCACCUCAAAGACAACCGAGCAGUAAACAUAAAGAAAGAGACCCAAAAGCAGACAUGAGCCUGAGAAAAAGUAGAAAAGAAGACAAUUCCAAGAAUCACCACUUUCACCCAUACAAACGCAAUCAACAAUCAAGAAAAAAAAGUAUUUCUCCAACUAGAAGUAGGAAGUCGAAUGGAAAGGGAGACAAGAAAAGGAAGUGAAUUGCUGCUAUUGGAUAAGUAAUAGACUGGCUCCAGCAAUAUAGUAUUAUGUUUGCUUACACAGUCAUGUUGCAGUAAAGAAGGAAAAACGUCAAAUCA